GUCCAGGAAUAAGUCGUACCCGGGCCGGUGCUUCUUACAUGUGUUGUACUAGGGACCGGGGCCCUGUCCUCCUGACUUUGACGGAGACUCGCCAAGAUAAAUCAAGCACACUUUAGACCAGCUUUUCCCUCUCUUUCCAUCUGACCGCACUGACAAUGAAGAUUGCUAUCACUGGAUGCAAUGGGGGCGUGGGCAGACGUGUUGUCCGUUGGGUGCUGAAGGAAGGGCACAUCGCAGUCGGCGCAGACUGUGUCAUUGCACAUGAUACCGACUUCUACAACAAUCCUGCUUUCUCUUUCCACCCAGUGGACCUGAAGGACUUUGAUGCGACUUUGAAGGUUUUCGAAGGUUGUGAUGCAAUCAUCCAGUUGGCAGCUUUUCCACACCCGAUGGACUUCAAGACCAAGGUGCACAACGACAAUGUCGUGAUCACUUGGAAUGUCUUGCGUGCAGCUGCCGAGUUAGGGAUAAAUCGUGUUGCACUGGCGUCCUCAGUCAAUGUCUUGCGUGGGGUGUUCGGCACAGAGCCCGUUUUUCACUACUUUCCGAUCGAUGAGAAUCACCCAUGCGAGCCUGACGAACCUUACGGGCUUUCCAAAUUAAUUUCUGAGAUGCAAGCAAAUACCAUCGUCCGAAGAUACCCAUCUAUGCGAGUUGCAAGCAUCCGCAUCCACAAGUUCGUCCCUACGCGCGCACGUGCCUAUAGACAGGAUUACUCCCGCGUCCGAGGUGACCUCUGGGGCUACGUCCAAAUGGACUCAGCAGCAGACGCUUUCCUGCGUGCAGUGACUGUGGAAAUGGACCAUUGGACAGGGCACGAGACAUUUUUUAUUACUGCGCCUCAACUGGCUGCCGAUGAGGACUGGCUAGAAUUGAAGGAGAAGUACUUCCCAAAUGUGCCAAUAAAACCUGGCUGGGUCGAGAGUGGCACGAAAGGAUUUUUCGACUGUAGUAAAGCUGAGCGAUUGCUUGGCUGGGUCCACACAGACUACGCAUGAACAUAUACUUGAAUGUAGAAAUACAGCAGAACUGUGUCAUUUGUACUGAUAACGUGUAUGAUAACACUCGCACGUUCCACUUCAAUUGAACAGAAGAGGACGAAUACCUGGACCCUCAAA